UCUUGCACCGCUGACAACUGGGAUGAAGCCUUUCUCUCCCCGGUCUCCUGGUGACAUUAAUUUAGAGGACGUGGUGAAAUUCUCCAGAGCUGGUGGUAAACUAAGUCAAGGAGCGGUGAAAUUUGUGGGGCAUUUACCGGGUCGCAGUGAUGCUUAUUUAGGGGUAGAGCUCGACAAAGAGGAUGGAAAACAUGAUGGAAAAUUUGAGGGAAUGAGAUACUUCAGAUGUAAACCUAACAAGGGAGUGUUUGUAGCUUUCAACAAAGUUGUUAUGGCCUGGACAAGAUGAUCUUUACUGCAAAUAUGAGUUAUGUCCCUUAGAAUAUCUCUUAGAAAAACCUAAAAAGCCAUACAAUAUAUUGUCCAGUGUUUUGAUCUAGAUUCACACAAUGUCCAUCCAUUAGAUAGACGAAAAUAACUUGCAGAGCUUUUGUUAAACCUAAAUAUUCAUUUUUGCCAUAUCAUACUUUAUACAUCUCAUCUUUCGAAAGUCUAUUUUUAUUAAUAUUAAAGAAGAAUAUUUUUAUUGUCUGUAGAUAUAUUUUAUCAUUUAUAUUUAUUGUCAUGAAUUAUAUUUUUAUAAUUUGGAACCAAUUUUUAUUUAUUUUCUUUUUAAAUCUUUUUUUUUUGCCUUUGACUGUGAUCUAUGUAUUUGUGAAUUUAAUUUCUUACUAAAAAUAAUUUUCUUUGAAUAGAAAAUGAAUGGAGGAUCAAAUUGUCUCUCUUUCUGAAGUCUUCAGGGAAGUCUGUUUGUCUGUCUGUUUUGCAAUGUAGUUUUUGUUUGUGGUAUAUGUUAAAGCAAUCGAUCAUGUGAAAUAUGUCACACAUGUAUAUGAAAUAGCUUGUGGAAUGGUUUUAAAAUUGUAUCAUGUUUAAUGUUAUUGAGUGAAAACUGUUCAUGUUUUCAACAUGGAAAAACCCUAAUUGGAUCUAUUUCAGGUUCAUAGAUUCAUUUUCUUGUGAAAAAAAGAUUGUAGAAUUCCGUCCAUAUUUUACCAGUCCCAAUAACAUUUCAUUAUUUUGAUUUACAUUAACUUGUUUGUGCAUAAAAGUGCUUUUUGUAGGUGUAUCAGGGCUGUGAUUGUAUGUUUAGAAAUAAAAAGAAUCAUUUAUGAGGCUCAUCAGUAUUUGUAAAUCCACUUAAUAUUUAAUU